AUGGAGUACGGCGCGUCGAGAAAGCGGAAGCGCUAUGCCCGCGAUGAAGAAGACGCUUGGCUGGAGGACGAGCUUGCGAUUCAAAAUGCGCAUACAGCCACCGCCGUGGAUCACGAAAAUAGCGAAAUGCUAGACGACAGUAGUAGCAGCGAUGGCUUCAGCGACACGCAAAGCGACUACGAGUACACCGAGGCGCAAGAGACAUUGCCCGCAUGUGCGCUGUAUGAUUCGAAAGUGCCAUCUGUCAAGUCUCGCCUCGAAAAGCUUGCAAAGACCGCGAGAAAGAUUCUUCGUGAGUCUGAUGUUACAACCAAAGAGGUCGAAGUACUCCGCAGAAAAGUGAAGGAGCUGGAUUUAGGAGAAUCUGUGACCUGGGUCGCCACGAUCUACAGAGCACCUUUCCAUUGGCAAAAGAAACGCUUUGCAGUUCAGUUGAAGUACUUCGAUCUUGAAACUAUCGGGAAAUUACUCGUAGAAGCGGUUGGCGACUGGAAAGCCUACCAUUUUGAGGAACACGAAGACAUCACUCCGCAAGAGGAAGAUCGACUUAGGAAUCGCGCGAACACGGCACUGGCCAUCUUCCGGACUGUUUUCUGCGAAUACCCAGAAUUUGAGACUGAUGAGGCUGGUGUACAGUCUUUGAAUCGCAUUUGCUCUGGGACCGCUUCUAUCAAGCAACAGACAAAGUCGUUCGUCGAUCACGCGGCACAAAUCAUGCGAACGAUCAAUGCAGGAGAAGAUGCGUUGCUUGAGGCCGAUGAGUUCUCGGAGCUGGAGGGACUUCACCAGUGGCUAAGCGAUCACUUGGACGAGGAUGAAGGACGCGGAGGCCCGCUAACGAUUAUCAGAAUCGGAGUGAGAGGAUCACGCGUUCUCGAUCGCUGGAAGAUUGCCGAUCUUCCCGGCCUCACAGAUAGCAAUCUGGUUCGUGUGAACGCUACACUGAGAUCUAUCAAUCAAUGCGAUUUCCUCUGGGCUUUUGAUCACGUUGGUCGCAUUGCUACCAAUGGAGUCAUUGAAGGACUUGCGCAAAGAUAUGGCAGGGCUUUCAAGGGCAAUGUUGUGGCCAUAGGAACAAGAUCCGCUGAAAAUGUGCAAGCAGAAUUGGUACGCGCAUAUGCCAAGAAAGGAAUCAAGAUCGAAGGCCUGCAGGAGUGGAGAGCUUCCAACCGCGCUUUGACCAAACAGAUUAAGGAAUUGCAGUCAUCUGUCCAGAAGAAGACGAAAGCAGCCAAUCGCAACGAAGGGUCAAGAGAUGCGCACAGCGAGAUUGCGAUUUUGGAAAAGGUGAGAGACGACCAAGACGACGAAUGGUGGGCCAAGGUCGUUGAAGGACGCAAUACUUUCGUCACCCGAGAGCUCCAGCGAAAGUGCCAGCCUCACCUACCCGUUGCCAGUACACUUCGGGUAUUCUGCGUCUCGAACGCCCAUUACGCCGCGCGCAAGCUCAACAAGCGCAAGGAAAACUUCACUUUAUCCGCGGAGGCUACCGGGAUCCCAGCACUGCGAAGGCACGCCUUGGCUCUGGCUGCGCCUGAAGCAUUUCGCGAAGUGGCAUAUUUUGUGGAUCACCAAUACACAGUCUUCAUUCGGGGUCUAGAGCUAUGGGCAAGCAACCGACUCAGCAAAGGCAGGACAGACCUGAUCAAAGUCAUCCAUCGGCCGCAGAAGGCUAUCCCAGGAUCUUUUGAGCUGAUCUCCGAGGAGAUCAAAGAGAAAUGCACCGAAAAAGUCAUACACAAGCUGCGUCGGAACCAGUUUACCUUCGCUUCCGCAGCUCAGAAGGCUCUCGACACCAAGAUUACACGAAAGCGCUGGGCGACUCUGCGUGCAUUCAUCGUCCGAAAUGGGAAUCACAAGACUGCCGCAAUAUCUGAAUCGUGGAACGAACUCUUCACGACUGAGGUUCGCAAAGUCAUGGAGGACGACCUUUGGUACCCUUUUGUCGACGAGACUUCAAGUCAGAUCGACGAGCUAUGCCGACAGGUGAAUACUACCAUUGCGAGUAUCAAAGAACAGCUUGAGCGUGAACCUGCAGCAGUGGGAUUACCAAUGGGUCCAUUCGACGCUGCGCUCCAAGCUCACAUAGCAGGCCUACGUCAAGCUUUUGUCACAACCAAAGACAAUCUGACAAGAGGUCUACGAUCAAUCAUUCUCAACGUGAUCAACGACGGUCCAGACAACUACUUCGCCCAUGCCCUGGCGCCAGCUUACACAAAUUGCCAGAACGAUAGUGCUGCAAUCCCAGGUCGACGAUGCGUUCGUAGAGAUUACGACAGACUGCGACGCUAUGAUCAAGCGGAGAAGCGACACAUUUUCUGA